AUGAUGGAUUUGGUUGCUGGUGUACGCAAAGAAGGCAGCCGCGGCGGCCGCGAUGAGUUCAAAUGGUCCGACGUUCAGAAUUCCGUGCACCGCGAGAACUACCUAGGCCACUCGGUAAUGGCCCCAGUUGGCAGAUGGCAGCAAAAUCGUGAUCUUAGCUGGUAUGCCAAGGGAGACGAAGACGAGGAAGCACGACUCCAAAAAGAGCGAGAGGAACUUCAACGUGUCAAGGAGGCCGAGGAGGAAGCGAUGGCCGUCGCUCUGGGCCUCCCGGUGCCCCCGAAGGCAUCUCAAAAUGCCAACAUGAAGAAGAGAUGCCAGAUGCUGCAACAAGGGGAAAAGACCACCGCCCAAGUCACCGCCCAAGUCACCGCCACCGACGCGAGCGAACCCGAAGCCCGCAACGGGAAAGGCGACAUGACCGGGGCGACGAUUCUACACGUGACAAGGACCGGAGACAUCGCAGACAUCAUUACGAUCGAGAGCGCCAUCAUCGCACCCAUCGUCACAGAUCACGAUCUCGCGGUCGAGACCACUACAGACGGCGCUCGGUGUCCCGUUCUAGGAGUCGACCCAGCCGAAAAGAUCAGGAGCACCAGAAACGACGAUGGAUGGAGCGCAGCUACUCACCAGCUGAGCGCCGACGACACCCCGAACGCAGACGAGACCGAGAUGACCAUGACCGCCGCCAUUGAGCUGCAGACCAGGGGUAUGAAUUGUUAA